AUGUACAUAGUCCAAAAGUUCAUCAAGGACACUGCUCACUGGAUCAAGGACAUUGUAUGCACACAGGAGGCUGUGGCUGACCUUGUGUUCCUGGUUGAUGGCUCCUGGAGUAUUGGAAAAGAGAACUUCCAGCAGAUCCAGGAUUUCCUCCACACUCUGGUUAACAGUUUUAGCGUUGGUCCUGAUCAAGUCCGCAUUGGCCUGGCCCAGUACAGCACUGACCCACGGACAGAGUUUCUCCUAAACACCUUUCAAGACAAACAAGAGAUUCUCGAGUACAUCAAGAAAUUGCCUUACAAAGGAGGUGGCACCAUGACUGGUUUGGGAUUAGAUUUCAUACUCAAGGAGCAAUUUGUUGAGCAAGCGGGCAGUCGAGCGAGACAGGGCGUACCACAGAUUGCUGUUGUCAUCACAGACGGUAGAUCACAAGAUGAUGUAGAGCCACACGCUGAUGACUUGAGGCGUCGGGGAAUCAUACUCUAUGCUAUCGGGAUCAAAGAUGCAGAUGAGGAACAACUGAGGAAGAUUGGCAAUGAGCCCCAUGACCAGCAUGUGUACAGCGUCUCUGACUUCAAUGCUCUUCAGGGCAUCUCUCAGAACAUCGUGAAGGUGCUGUGUACCACCGUGGAGGAGGCCAAACGCCAAAUAACUCAGGCCUCACUAGGUUAA